CCAAAUCGACAGCGGCUAAGCCUAAUUUGGCCUGGACCAUUUUGCGACGGCGGGCUCCAUUCUCUGUCCCGCCCAUCGCCGCGCUGCACUUGGAACACUUCUACCUUCAUGACAUUCACACAGGGGCCGCAAUACAACACUGUCCGGCCAUAGCUGGCGCGACAAACCUGCUCGCCGCCUGGAUGCGAAAAAGGCAAAGGGUUCGCCACGGAAUACGCAUUCCUCCAGCACCUAUCGCCCGCGCGCGCGCCGCGUGACUGCCAGCAAGGACACCGAGACCCGAGCCCCGACGACUUUGCAGGCCCGUAACUCUAUCGCACCGCCCACGCCCGCUCACGCCCGCGACCACGCCCACGCCCAUACAAUGGAAACUUUACGCCUUAAAGCUCGCCCGCCCGUGGAGGAGGAGAUUGAAAACUGGGACGAUGACGACUUUAUGAUUGAGGGCGACGACCUCACCGUCAACAGCCAUUCAACUUCCGCCAACGCCCCAUCGCACCGCCGGGAUUCCCAUUCGUCCUUCCGAUCCGACUUCGAGUCCGUCCACGGAGAGGAGGAAAAGCAGGUUCUCCUCCCAGGAGACGAUGAAAAGUCGACACUGGACGCCAUAGCGGCCGCAGAAAAAGCCGGCAUUCCCAUUCCCAAAAACGUGCCGCCCUCGGCCUUGAUGGGCGGGACAAUCAAGAGACUUGGGGGAAGGAAAAUCAAGAGGAUUAUCCAGGAGGAUUGGGUCGACGACCUGGAGUUCCCCGAUGCCGGUCAGUCGCUUCAGAUCAAGCCCCAGGACGGCUCCCAGUUUCCCGAGGUUUUGCGCCAGGUUAGCAAUUCGGUGCACCCAAGCCCGUUAAAACCGGUGCGACCGUCGCCUACGUUCGCGCACGAGGAGCGUAAGGAACAGAGGCCGUCGCUCCCAACCGGGCUACUCAACCUAGACCGCUUCCGUGAUAUGGAGGACGACGACGACUUCUUUGGGGACGGCGCCGCCACUAUCAAAGUGGCGAAGAGGCGCGAGGCGCCAAAACCCGUCCCAAUGAUAACGCCUCCGACCCCUCAGAAGAAUGCCGGCGGUGAUGACGACUUUGAGUGUGAUCUCGAACUCCCAGUGGAUGGCAAGCUGCGGCUCUCUACUCGGAGGGAAAUCCCCAAGACGCCGUCUAUUAACACUUUGGACGACCUGGAUUGGGCAGAGGGAAGCCUGGGGACCAGGUUUGGCGGUACUCGACGCGAUGGUCGGUCAAAUCGGAGUUCAUCUGCCUCCGCUCUCAGCCCAAGCAUCGCCAGCUCCAUCACUGCCGAGAGCGAGGACGAGACCUUUGACGGCCUUGUCCUGCCCAAUGGCCCUCUCGACUUUGAGAGCCGGUUGAGGCGCCGUCGGCCAAGUCGCUCUCCCGAGCGAAUAGUCGAAGAGCCGUCCAAGGAAGCAAAGGAAGAGAAGGAGGACUUCCUCGCGGGCCUUGACCUUGGCGACGUAGAGGUUUUUGAUUCCAAAAAGUUGACGCUUCAUCGCAAUAUCCAGGUCAAGGAAACGAGGCCAGCCAGCCCGUCCCGACCCAAAACCACAGUUGCCCUCAAGUUCACCCACAACAAACCUGUCAAUGUUUCCCGUCUCCCACGGCCUAUGGGGCCGCCCAUGGUGAGCCACGAGCGAACACAUACGCAGUCAUCACUAGAACCCGUAUCGGAGAGCGGAGGGCCCAUCACGCACACUAGACGCUCCUUGUCACGUCUAGGCCACUCGGCUCAGUCUUCCGUCACCAGCGUGGCCACACCCACCACGCCAUCCUCUGCCCACUCUCUGCCGCCGUCAACUCCGCGUAGAAAGGAGCUUGGCCAAAAGACAUCCACCAUCUCACUUAGAAAUGAGCCGACUACCACGAGUGCCCAGCUGCUCCGACUUAAGCGGUCGCUGCCUGCGAUGAGGCCCCCUCAGUCUCCAGCCCGGCCGGUGGUGUCUAGAGGAUACGAACGGCCCCCGUCGAGGUCAGAAAUGGCACCGCGGCCCCAGUCCUCGAUGCGACCAAAGACUCCCGUAGAGCGGAUGAGGACUUCGGAAAGCUCCGCAUCUCAAGCCCGGAAGCCCCCUGUGCCGUUCCUGCCAGCCGGCGCGUCGGCCUCACAGUCGCACAACAUACUUGCUAGGAGCUCUCGCGUCUUCCGCCGACACGAUUCAGAACAUAGCAUCGAUUAUAGGCCAAACUCCCGAGCUGUCUCUCGCUCGACAGUCCGAUCACCUAGUCCGCGAAAGUAUCGUCCGGGCGAAAAGGCCGCUCCAGAAGGAGCCUGGCAACAACUCAACAAGCCUCGGCGGGCGAGGCACUUUGGCGACGGCCAUGAACUUGACGGCUUUGACGAUCUCCCCACGUCAAGCCAGGCAGAAGCCAGGUACUUGAAGCAGCCCAUCACAGGCGGACCCAAGGCGCAGAUGCGCAGCAGGAUGUACCAGAAUAUCUUACCCGACCGAACCAUGACGCCAUCUCCCCAGCUACCAUACUCUCCCGCUCGUAUGGACCACGUACCGAGCUUUGCUCGCGAUACCGCCGCAAGCCGAAUUGCCCGGGAAACGAGUCUUGCCCAGCGCACUCCAUCCGGCGCCCUUGCCCCCCUCACAACACAACGCGUAGCCCAGCUGUCGCAGAGGAGUAACUUCAACCCACAACCCCCGCAGUCGGCGGUGAAGCCGAAGAAGUCGCGGCGGACGCCACAACUCAAGCCUCAUCUAAUAGCCAAUCUGAACCCUCCCAAAGAUCCAAAACUGGUGAAAGGGAUGUGUUACAACCCGGAGACUUUCCGGUGGGAAGGCAACGACAACGUGUUGAGUGCCUUUGACGCGCCUGCGUCGUCGCCGUCGACGGCAUCGGUGCCGCAGUAUCUUAUGCGAGAGCGGGAGAACGCCACGCCGCGCCCGGCCUUGAUCACCAACUUUGGCGCCAGCAAGGGCGUCCAGGUGGUGGGGGGCAUGGUGUUUGACCCGCAGAACAUGUGCUGGCUCAAGCUUGCGCCGCAGAACGGCGGCAAGGCGGAGCAGCAGCAGAGCGACCCGUUGGACGGGUUCAACGGGCUCGACGACGACGAGGAUGUGUUUAAGGACAUCCCGGACCUCGAAGACCACACGCUCGAGUUGAGCGAGGGCGGCCACGGCCGCGUCAGCGACAUUAAGGACGACUGGCUGGUGGGCGAGGAGUUCGACGUUGGCCCCGAGUUUGUGCGCCGCCAGCGCGAGGAAGAGGAGCGCUGGCGGAAGAAGUGCCACCUCUGGGUGGGCGGCCAGGCCGAGCGCGGCGACGCCUGGAAGUGGGCUAUCCGGGACAUUGUCAGCCAGAGCGCGCUGGCCGACUAAAACAAAACGGGGCGGCGGGCCGAGGGUUAUGUUUGCAUGAAUAGACUACUGUGCUUUUGUUUUGGGUUAGCCCUUUUUGAUAACGAAGACGACCUCUUCUUGGAACUUGAUGGGUUUCAUGGCGGCAAGCAGUGUACGGAAAUAUCUAUAGAGGUAUUGUAGGCGUCUGACUGUCGAGUACAAACGGGCUUGUAUGGCUGGAAAAGGUCUGGUUGGUAUCUGAGGGUGUUUGUUAUUGGCGUUGCUUGUUGCGGACGGUUAGGUCUGCACUUGUUCGGUGGUAUUCAUGAUAGCUUCUGAGGGAAUAGAUGGCAUUUUCAGGGCGUCUGCGAGAUUUGCAUAGUGCUGGCUCUGUUGUGUGUGGAAAGCGCCUUUGGUAUGUUUAGUACCUCGAUGAGAUACAGUACAUACGGCUUUUGAAAUUA